UAUUGGCCAAUGACAAAACACCGGUCUUUUCCGCCCUGAAGCGUCUGUUGUUUCAACGCGGAAAAUUGGUAAAUGAUGGCAGCAAAUAAUUAUUUUGGGUUUACUCAUGGAGGAACCCAAUACGGCGCGGCAACCGCUGGAGCAGCAUACGGUGGGCAAACAGGCUACGCGGUAGCCCCUGCGGCGACAGCCGCAACUUACGGAACUCAGCGCGCCGCUGCUACAGGUUACGAUACUGCGUAUCAAGCCGCGGCCGCCACUCAAGAGCAAGGCGUGUUGCCGACAGCAGCGGCUCACGCGCACGCGCACGCGGCGGCGGCGGCGGCGUCCGCCUACGACGCGUCCAAGUCGGCGUACUACCAGCAGGCCGCCGCCGCCUACCCCGCCGCGCCGCCGCAGCAGCCCGCCUACGACACCGGCGCCAAGCCCGCCUACUCCACGCCCGCUACCUACGCUCAGGUGCAUACGCAGGGCGGAGCGCGGGCCGGGGGCGGCGCGAAGGCCUACGGCGGCGUGUAUACGCACACGCAUUCUCACGCGCACACCGCUACCACUCCCGCUACUACCUACCCCGCGCAGCCAUACUCGGCGCCCGCUACGCAGACCGCUAAACAGACUACAAACCGCGGGAACACAGCGUACGAUACGGCGCUGUAUAACGCAGCAACCAUGUACGUUGCGCAGCAGAAUAAGACCGGUGGCGGAGGGAGCGGCUGGAAGAACUACAACAAGAGCGGCGUGGGCGCCGGCCAGCAGCGCCGGCCCAAGCCGCCGCCCAAGGCGCAGCAGCUGCACUACUGCGACGUGUGCCGCAUCUCCUGCGCCGGCCCGCAGACGUACAAGGAGCACUUGGAAGGCCAGAAGCACAAGAAGAAGGAAGCGGCCGUCAAACUAGCCGCAGCGGGCGCGGCAGCGGCGGGCGGGCGCGCAGCGGGCGCGUCAGCCCUGCGCUGCGAGCUGUGUGACGUCACGUGCACGGGCGCCGACGCGUACGCGGCGCACGUGCGCGGCAUCAAGCACCAGAAGGUCGUCAAGCUGCACACCAUGCUCGGCAAGCCCAUACCCUCCACGGAGCCCACCAAGCUCGGCGCUAAAAACACGGUUGCGGGGACGACCGGGAUUGCGUUCGUGGCGUCUGGGGGGCUCAGUACGGUGGCGCGCGCAGGCGACGACGAGCACGACGAGCCCGAGCCCGAGCCCGAGGUGCAGCCCGUGGGCCAGGACUACAUCGAGGAGGUCCGCGGCGACGACGGCAAGGCGCUCUCCUUCAACUGCAAGCUGUGCGACUGCAAGUUCAACGACCCCAACGCCAAGGAGAUGCACAUGAAGGGCCGCCGCCACCGCCUGCAGUACAAGAAGAAGGUGCAACCGGACCUGGAGGUGAAGGUGAAGCCGUCGAUGCACCAGCGCAAGCUGGCCGAGGCCAAGGCGCAGCGCAUGAUGGUGCGCGACGAGCUGUGGGCGCGCCGCCGCAUGCACGACGGCAUGGAGGAGGAGGAGCGCGGCUACUGGGACGGCGGCGCCGAGCCCUGGUGGCCGCGCGGCCCGCUGCCGCCGCACCAUCACCACCACCACCAUGGCAUGGGCAUGCCUUACGGGCCAGUGGGCAGGCGGCCGGAGACGUCGGACGACCGCCACGUGCUGGCCAAGCACGCCGACAUCUACCCGCCCGAGCCGCAGCUGCAAGACAUCCAGCGCGCCGUGUCGCACACCGAGAAGGCGCUCAAGUCGCUCUCCGACGCGCUCGCCCAGACACCUGCCAAAGCCCAGGUCAAGACCGAAGAGAAGAAAGAUGACAAGCCCGAAGGAAAGGAAGACGGCCGCGAUAACCAAUUGUUCUCGUUCAUGGGCGAGGGCGAGGGCGCGGGCGCUUCCGAGGGCGGGCGCGCGCUGAAGGGCGUGAUGCGCGUCGGGCUGCUGGCCAAGGGGCUGCUGCUGGCCGGCGACGCGCGCGUGCGCCUCGUGGUGCUGUGCCACGCGCGCCCCACCGUCACGCUGCUCAAGCGCGUCGCCGCCGACCUGCCGCUCCACCUGCAGCGCGUCAAGGGUGAGUACAAGGGGCUGCUGCUGGCCGGCGACGCGCGCGUGCGCCUCGUGGUGCUGUGCCACGCGCGCCCCACCGUCACGCUGCUCAAGCGCGUCGCCGCCGACCUGCCGCUCCACCUGCAGCGCGUCAAGGGUGAGUACAAGGGGCUGCUGCUGGCCGGCGACGCGCGCGUGCGCCUCGUGGUGCUGUGCCACGCGCGCCCCACCGUCACGCUGCUCAAGCGCGUCGCCGCCGACCUGCCGCUCCACCUGCAGCGCGUCAGGGGUGAGUACAAGGGGCUGCUGCUGGCCGGCGACGCGCGCGUGCGCCUCGUGGUGCUGUGCCACGCGCGCCCCACCGUCACGCUGCUCAAGCGCGUCGCCGCCGACCUGCCGCUCCACCUGCAGCGCGUCAGGGGCCCCGGCGAGGAGCCGAAGUACAAGGUGGAGCUGCUCCCAGCCGAAGGCGCCGUGCAAGUGUCAGACGGCACCGUGAGCGUGCUGGUGUCGCUGACGUCAGCCGUCAUGCGUGAGCCCGCAGAGGGCGGCGACAUAAAGCGAGACGACAAGGAUGUGCUCCCGCGGCAGAAGUGUUUGGACGCGUUGGCCGCCCUUCGGCACGCCAAGUGGUUCCAGGCUAGGGCUGCCACGCUGCAGUCGUGCGUGAUCAUCAUUCGCGUCAUGCGGGACCUGUGCCGCCGGAUACCCAACUGGACGCCGCUCAACCCAUACGCGAUGGAGCUGCUGGUGGCGGGCGUGCUGUCGUCUGCGGGCGCGGCGCUGUCGGCGGGCGAGGCGCUGCGCCGCGUCAUGGAGGCCGUGGCGGGCGGCCUGCUGCUGGAGCACGGGCCCGGCCUGCGCGACCCCUGCGAGAAGGAGCUCGUGGAUGCUAUUGGUAACUUGCCACCACAGAAGCGUGAAGACUUAACUGCGUCUGCGCAACAAUUCCUGAGACAAAUCGCUUUCAGGCAAAUUCACAAGGUGUUGGACAUGGAGCCGCUGCCGAAGCUGAAGCACGCGGCGGGCGGCUGGAAGUUCCCGCGCAAGCGCCGCCGCUCCAACACCGACCCCGAUCCCGACACGCCGAACGGCGAAGGCAAGGUGGUGAAGACGGAAGAGAAGAUGGACGCCACGGACUCGAGCGGCAAGAAGUAACGCGGCGAGCCAGCGCCCGCGCCGCCUCCGCUGCCGCCGCCGCCGCGCCUCAUACACCACUAUUUAUUCACACCGAGUGCAAAAUACGAUAUCAUCUGUCGGAUAUUUUAGUACAUUUAUAUUUUGUGUAAAACGUUUACAC